GGAUCAGAAGAUUCUAGGUUCGACUCCUGGCUGGCUCGUCUGAUUUUCAUUUUCUCUUCUUACGUGUUUGGAUCAACGAAAUCAGCAAAAAAAAAAUUGUGAAAAGGAAUCAAACUAAAUACACAGACACAUGAAGGAUUCUGUAAAGCGGUAAUUCACACAAAGAUGAACAUGAAGCUCCAUGCAAAGCACACCGUCUGCUUUCUAAUCUCUGUUUUAUUUGCGGGUGUUGCUGCAGAGCUGCAGGCACCUGAAGUCCACACAAAGCUCGGGAGCCUGAGAGGUGAGUAUGUGAGUGUAAAGGGCAAAGAGACCGGAGUCCAUGCCUACCUGGGUGUCCCAUUUGCCAAGCCACCCAUAGGUCCUUCCCUGAGACUGGCUCCACCUCAGCCUGUAGAGGGAUGGAAAGGAGUGAGAGACGCCACCAAGCAGCCACCCAUGUGUAUUCAAUCUAAUCAGAUUACUGUGGAUAUGCUUGAGGUCUUCGGUGUGGCACUUCCAUAUAUCCCAGACAUUUCAGAAGACUGUCUUUACCUCAACAUUUACACUCCUGCAAACAGAGCUAAAGAUGCCAAACUUCCAGUCAUGGUCUGGAUCCAUGGUGGGGGCCUCAGUACGGGGUCAGCAUCAAUGUAUGAUGGAUCUGCUCUGGCUGCUUACCAGGAUGUGGUUGUGGUUCUGAUCCAGUAUCGUUUGGGACUUCUGGGCUUUCUCAGCACUGGAGAUGAACAUAUAUCAGGGAACUUUGGGAUGCUGGAUCAGGUAGAAGCUCUGAGGUGGGUCCAGCAGCACAUUCACAACUUUGGAGGAGACCCAGAUUCAGUUACAAUAUUUGGGGAAUCUGCUGGUGGAAUGAGUGUAUCUCUCCUGCUCCUCUCACCAUUGUCUGAUGACCUGUUCCACCGUGCCAUUGCUGAGAGUGGUACAGCUGCAAUGGACUUUCUUGUGUCAAGUAAUCCUCUGGCAGCGAUGCAGAUGGCUGCAAACGCAUCUGGCUGUAGCAUCGAAAGUACAGAGAAGUUUGCAGAUUGCAUGAGAAACCUUGAUAUUAAUGCUAUAGUGGCUAUUGGGGAGAAUAAAAUAUUUACGUUUCAUGCGAAUGUUGACGGACACUUCCUGACGAAACCUGUGGAUGAGCUGCUCCGUAAACAUGAACUCCUCACUGUACCAUUCAUUACUGGUGUUAAUGAUGAUGAAGGAGGAUUUAUUCUUGCUAAUUUCUUUGCUCCACCAAACUGGACAGAAGGAAUAGAUCGGGAGCAGGUUUUGAAUGUGAUGUCCAUCUUCUGUCCUGAUCCCAGAGAUGCAAUCAAGAGAGAUCUGAUGGUAGAUGAAUACAUUGGAACUGGUGAAGACCGUGUGAAAAACAGAGACGGAUUGACUGAGUUGAUUGGAGACAUUUUGUUCAACAUUCCAGUCAUUAAAGUUGCUAAUGGUCACAGAGAUGCAGGUGCUGCUGUAUACCUGUAUGAGUACCAGCAUCCUCCCUUAUUCCUGCAGAAGAAAAGGCCUAGCUUUGUUGGAAGUGACCAUGCAGAUGAAAUGUUUAUAGUGUUAGGGUUCUGCUUCACAACUACCCACGUCAAAUUAAUUGAAUCAUGCACUGAAGAGGAGGAAGAGUUGAGCAGAACCAUGAUGAGCUACUGGGGCAACUUCGCUCGCACAGGGUCUCCUAAUGGGGAUGGUCUUGUCCACUGGCCAAAGUAUGGAGCAGAAGAGGAGUAUCUGGCAAUUGGUUUGAAGGAGCAGGUAGUUGGUCGAGCUCUGAAGAAGGAUCGGUUUGUUUUUAUGACUCAGACCCUCCCAGAGAAGAUCCAACAACAUACUGAGAAUACAGAGCACAGCGAGCAGCUGCAGGCACCUGAAGUCCACACAAAGCUCGGGAGCCUGAGAGGUGAGUAUGUGAGUGUAAAGGGCAAAGAGACCGGAGUCCAUGCCUACCUGGGUGUCCCAUUUGCCAAGCCACCCAUAGGUCCUUCCCUGAGACUGGCUCCACCUCAGCCUGUAGAGGGAUGGAAAGGAGUGAGAGACGCCACCAAGCAGCCACCCAUGUGUAUUCAAAAUGCAAAGAUGUUUGUGGAUAUGCUUGAGGUCUUCGGUGUGGCACUUGCAGAUAUCCCAGACAUUUCAGAAGACUGUCUUUACCUCAACAUUUACACUCCUGCAAACAGAGCUAAAGAUGCCAAACUUCCAGUCAUGGUCUGGAUCCAUGGUGGGGGUUUCAGUGCGGGUUCAGCUUCAGCAGGUGAUGGAUCUGCUCUGGCUGCUUACCAGGAUGUGGUUGUGGUUCUGAUCCAGUAUCGUUUGGGACUUCUGGGCUUUCUCAGCACUGGAGAUGAGCAUGUAUCAGGGAACUUUGGGAUGCUGGAUCAGAUAGAAGCUCUGAGGUGGGUCCAGCAGCACAUUCACAACUUUGGAGGAGACCCAGAUUUAGUUACAAUAUUUGGGGUGUCGGCUGGUGGAGUGAGUGUGUCUCUCCUGCUCCUCUCACCAUUGUCUGAUGGCCUGUUCCACCGUGCCAUUGCUGAGAGUGGUACAGCUGCAAUGGAUUUACUUGUGUCAAAUAAUCCUCUGCCAGCGAUGCAGAUGGUUGCAAAUGCAUCUGGCUGUAGCAUCGAAAGCACAGAGAAGAUUGCGGAUUGUAUGAGAAACCUUGAUAUUGAUACUAUUGUUGCUGCUGGGGAGAAUCACAUAUUUACAUUUCAUGCAAAUAUUGAUGGACACUUCUUGAUGAAACCUGUGGAUGAGCUGCUCCGAAAACAUGAACUCCUCACUAUACCAUUCAUUACUGGUUUUAAUGAUGAUGAAGGGGGAUUUAUUCUCACUAAUUUCUUUGCUCCUCCAAACUGGACAGAAGGAUUAGAUCAGGAGCAGGUGGUGAACGUGAUGUCUGGCCUCUACCCUGAUCCCAAAGAUGCAGUCAAGAGAGAUCUGAUGAUGAAGGAGUAUUUCGGAACUGGUGAAGACCGUGUGAAAAACAGAGAAGGGUUGACUGAGAUGAUUGGAGAUGUCAUAUUUAACAUUCCAGCCAUUAAAGUUGCUAAUGCUCACAGAGAUGCAGGUGCUGCUGUAUACCUGUAUGAGUUCCAGCAUCCUACCUCAUUCAUGCAGAAACAUAGACCUAGCUUUGUUGGAAGUGACCAUGGAGAUGAAAUGUUUAUAGUGUUAGGAAACUGCUUCACAACUACUCAAGUCAAAUUAACUGAACCAUGCCCUAAAGAGGAGGAAGAGUUGAGCAGAACCAUAAUGAGCUUCUGGGGCAACUUUGCUCGGACAGGGUCUCCUAAUGAGGAUGGUCUCACCCAUUGGCCAAAGUAUGGAACAGAAGAGGAGUAUCUGGCAAUUGGAUUGAAGGAGCAGGUAGUUGGUCAAGGCCUGAAGAAGGAUCGGUUUGUUUUUAUGACUCAGACCCUCCCAGAGAAGAUUCAACAACAUACUGAGUAUACAGAGCACAGCGAGUUAUAAAACAGUCUCAUCGUUUCACUCUAGUUCAUCAGGUUUUUUUGCUAAUUAAAAUUAACCACAAUUUUGUUAACCAAAAAUCCCUUAUCCAUGCCAUGUGAAACAUGUAAAUUGAAAUCCAUGACUGAACUUGAAAAUGUGUGUGAUGACAGUCACAGGGAGGUAAAAUUUAAAGAGGGUAAAUACAUUCUCCAGGAACAUCACUUUGAAUGCAGAUAGCUUCAGACUUGUUUAUAUAGUUAAUAUCUGCUAAAUGAUAUGGAUUCUAAUAUUAGAUGAACAUUACACAUUGAAGAGGAUCAUUUAUUUUUUAAUGUGGUGUACUACAAUAGCAGUCACAAAUGAAGUCAUCCUUUCAGGUGAUAGUAAUUGAAAACAGUUGUCAUGUAUUAAAAUGUGAUACACACUUAAACUCUUACAACAAAUAAAGAGAUUUGACAGAGA